AUGAAGAAACAAAACACAUCCACGAGCUCUUUGCAUGGAUGUUCCGAACACUCACCAUCAGUGUUGAGCCAUGGAGAUAUUUCGCCUGCUUUUUCUUCCGAAUCUGCGAGUAACCAUGAAGAUAAUAGAUCUGUUAGAUCUUCUCACAACAUGUAUGAUCAUGUGGAUGGUUUAGAUUUAAAUAUUUCGAGUAGAAUUGAAUUAUCCAAUCCUAGACUCUCUCUUGAUUCAUCUGAUGAAAAUGUUGAUAUUAGACAACCACUCACCUAUUAUGAACAAUGGUAUGAAUAUGACAAGUUGAGAAGAGAAUUAAAAUUUAAUAUUCGGAGGUGUAUUUCACUAUUGAGAAAUAGAUAUUCAUUUCAAAGAGAAAGAGGGCUGGAUGAAUUAAUUUCUAUUUUAUCUGGUAUGGAGACAAGUACGGACAAGGAAAUGUUUUCCAUAUUACAAAAGAAGAUGGAUGAAGAUUCAAAUGUAAUUUCAAAUGUGGUUACCACUAUUUUACAAAAUACUACAGCUGGAAAGCACGAGUUGAGUCCUGUGACAGCUGUUGAAAUUUAUAAGGCUCUGUUGGUCUUGGAAGGAUGUUGUUUACUUUCACCAGUGUGUUCCAAUACUUUGGCAACUCUUCAAGGAUUCAAAUUUAUCUUAAAAAUACUAUCUGAUGGUAAUAAUUAUUUGAUAAAUUCAAAUAUGUCAAAGAGCAGUCCAUAUCAAUCUCUCGAUUUUAAAAAUCAAAAAGAUACAGAAGAGCUGUGGGAUGAAAUUCGUUUAACAUGUAUAGAUUGCUUGCUAUCUUGUCUUCAUAAUUGCCCUCAUUGUGUAAUUUUGUUUUGUGAAGACUCGAGUGGACCGGAUGUCAUAUGCACUAUAUUGAGAAACAAGGAUCUCUCUAAAAUCUUACGGUCAAAAUGCGUUGAAUUUUUCUGUAUUUUAGUGAAGCUGCUCACAAAUAUUGAAUCUAACGACGGAUUGCAUGUGACAAAUUUAACAGAAAGGAUAAAAGUUUUUCUUGGAAGCAAGUUGACAAAAGAUUUGCUUGAAAUCUGGAAAGAGAAAGAUGAGGAAUUGGACGUAAUUAAGUGUGACAAUUUUGUUGAUUUGGUCGAUGAGAGGCUUUAA